AUGGCGGUUCUCAGUAAGCUCGAAAUGGAGCAUAGUAGAAUGGUGGAGAUAAAUGUCAAGAGGAGUACACCAUCAUUGAACAAAAGUCCAACAAAUGUAAGCUUCCCAAACCUCUCUACAGUGCAUGUAGUUAGAUGCCAUGGUCUAAAGGACUUGACAUGGCUUUUGUUCGCACCAAACUUAAAAGUUCUUACCGUUGAAACUAGAGCGUAUGAUUUGCCAGAGCUGAAGAGCAUCUAUUGGGGUCCUCUCCCUUUCCCACGUUUGAAGAAAUUCAGGAUAGAUAGGUGUCCAAAUCUGAGAAAGCUUCCAUUUGAUUCUAAAAGUUGCAGCAGCGCGGGUGAAGAGCUUGUCAUCCACAGUGGAGAACGGGACUGGAUAGAUAAGGUUGAGUGGGAGGACGAAGAGACUAAAGAGCGUUUCCCACGUUCCAUCGGUCCUUCCGAAACUGAAACAGUUCUCGAAAUUCUGAUGGAACUCUCUUCUACUUUUGCAUCCACUUGA